ACUCUGAAAGCCUCAGACCGGAAGCAGAUCUCUGCGGUUCCGUUAAGUGGACGCGCUUCCAGCUGUUCCCUGAACUUGGACUUUGCUGCCGGACGUGUCGGACCGAACCAUGGACCCGCUCUGCGCUCGGCUCUGACCUCCAGCCGGCCCCCGGAGCUCCAGCAUGGUGCCGCCGGGAAACGAGUCGUACAGCCGGCCUGAGACUAACCGCACCGCGGGGGAGCCCGGGCCGGAGGUGGUGAUCGUGCCGCUGGUGUUCGGGCUGAUUUUCGUGGUGGGGCUUCUCGGGAACUCCCUGGUGAUGCUGGUGAUCGGCAGGGUGAAGCCCAGCGGUGGCGCGCGCCCGCUCAGCCCCACCAACAUCUUCAUCGUGAACCUGAGCGUGGCGGACCUCCUCUUCCUCCUCUUCUGCGUCCCGCUCCACGCCACCAUCUACUCCCUGCCAGAGUGGGUGUUCGGAGCCUUCCUCUGCAAGUUCGGACACUUCUUCACCACGGCCAGCAUGCUGGUCAGCAUCCUCACGCUGGUGGCCAUGUCCGUGGACCGCUACAUCGCCGUGGUGCGCUCCAAGAGCUCUGCGUGCGUCCGCAGCCGCAGGAACGCGCUGGCCGGGCUGUGCGUCAUUUGGACCCUGUCCCUGCUGUGUUCGGUGCCGGUGGCGCAGAACUACGUGCUCACCAGCCACUCCAGCGCCCCGAACAAGACCUUCUGCUGGGAGGCCGGGCUGGGAGCGCCGCGGCGCGCCUACAAGGUGUCCAUUCUGCUGCUGGGCUUCAUCCUGCCGCUGCUGCUCAUCUGCUGCUGCUACAUCAGGGUUUUGUGCCACCUGCAUAAAAAGAUGAAGAACAUGUCCAAGAGGUCCAAGCUGUCCAAGCAAAAGACGGUCCAGACCAUCCUCCUGGUCGUCACGGGCUUCACCAUCUGCUGGAUGCCGCACCACAUCAUCGUCAUGUGGGUGGAGUUCGGCACCUACCCGCUGAACGACGCCACCUUUGCGCUCCGCAUCGUGUCCCACUGCCUGUCCUACGGGAACUCCUGCAUCAACCCCAUCCUCUACGCCUUCCUGUCUGAGAACUUCCGCAAAGCCUGCCGCCAGGUGUUCGCCCGCCACCUGCUCUACGCGCCGCCGGCCGACGGGAGAACAGUUCGAUUCCGCAUGGACAACUUCUCCACCACACACUCCAGCACCAACAUCUGAAGGAGAAACUGGAGGUCCUGCCGGUCACAUGACCAGGGAGGCUGUGCUUUCAUUAUCUUGGAGAGAAUUUUUCACCAACUGAACAAUCAUUUUAUUUGAAUGUGUAAAGUUUCUCAGCUUCCUCCUGGACUCCAACUGAGACAAAGCAAGUGAAUGGUUUUGGUUCUAAUUAUUAGCACAUUAAAAUAAAUACAUCACAUGAAUGCCGCCAUG